GAUAAUCCGCCAUAAUCCGCCAUAAUCCGUAUCACCCUCACAUCCAUCACCCUAAUAAACAACUUGUCUAAGCCAACAUGCAAUACCUCCUCUCUUCCAUCUCGUCUCAGCUCCCACCCACCCAAAUCUCUUUAUCUUCGUCUAUAUUCGCCUCUGGACUCUCCAUUCUUCCCCCCCGGCCCAAGCGAAACCCGUCGACGUAGAAAACCUGCAUCUCCUCCCCCAGGGUCUUGUGUGCUCCACACAGCCUGCAGAUGCCAUCCGUAACGCCCUUCGAAUUACCCAUGCUCUCCCCGAGUAAGAAGAGGAGGCAUGAUGACGACCCCAACCAGGUACAGGUGCAAUUAACAUCCCAACACGAGUCGACGAAUCUUCUAUCCGCCAUCAACAAUAAUGAACGCUUCAUAUUCCCCACAUCGGCCCGAGGUGCUGCUUCCCUGCUGAAUAUGCCUCGGAAGAUGAUACCUCUACCUGUGAACAAGAGAUUCCGGCUUGUUAACGACAACGAUGGGCAUCUACAUUCGCAUAACUCCUACUGCCAUGCGCACCCCGAGUCCCCGGCGCCUACACCAUCGCCACAGCACACCAAACUAGGCACAAGUCUCAGAACAGGGCCAUCAAACUCGCAAUCCCUCUUAAGCCCCUGCCACAUCUGCCACCGGAAACCCACCAAGAAAUCCGACCUGGACUCCUUCGCCGACUGCUUCGGCUGCGGACAGCGGUCCUGCUUCGUGUGCCUACGCGCGUGCCGGGGCUGGCUCGCAUCCUCAGAAGAAGAAGAUGACGACAGCUUAUCUGCGUCGUUCACCAUGCAGGAUGUAGACGACAUCACCCCCGAGUCCUCCCCCGAGGCGAACCAGAAGCAAAGAAAGGGAGGCGGUACCGGGCCUGACUCGAGCUGGAUCGGCCGCGGCCAUCGGGAGCUGAUCUGUAGCCGGUGCUGCGUGGAGCGCGGACCCGAGGGCGACGUUGUGUGUUUGGGGUGCUUGGCCGGCAUGGAGGGGGCGUAGGGUGCCUCGACGGACGAGCAAGACCAAGACCAAGACCAAGACCAAGACCAAGACCAAGACCAGGACCAGGAGCAACAUUAAUUAAUUACUCACUAUUCAGACGAAACCACCGCCCCAACGCCGGACACCAGGUACGAUAUCCGUGCGAGCUUGGAAGGAGGGAAAUAAUAUAGUUCGGUACCGGGCGGGACGGCACUGGGGAGAGCCCUAUCGGGAGGGCUCGCGGAAACUUGAAGCAUGGUCACGGCGCUACGGGAACAUCGCAUCGCAUCGUAUUUUAGCAUAUGACUUCGCAAGAUACCAUUCAUAUCCCGCAAGCCGCGGGUGCGUCUAUUAACUUGUCUUGGAAGAGAAAGAGAAGAGCGUACAUAGCAUGCUUGGGGUUUGGUACCUUAGCUACCUACCUACUGUAACUUAUAAUAACUUAGUGCCUAGCCUAGGAAGCUGGUCAAGUAGCACGGCCAACUAGGCGGGACGAAACGGAAUGGGACGGGACGGGACGGGGUAAGGCUGUUUGUAUCGGCGCCCGCACAUCAUGUAACUAGUAGACACGCACGAAACAAGACGACUUUGAUGACGACAACACGAUUUAUGUAUAAGUAACAUAACGCAUAACGCAUAACGCAUAGCACAU